AUGAGGUGGAAAACAGUGUCAGCCAUCUUCUUCUUGGUGGUGCUCUACCUCAUCAUCGGGGCCACAGUGUUCAGAGCACUAGAGCAGCCGCAUGAGAGUUCCCAGAAACUGGCUAUCCUUGCUGAAAAAUUGGACUUCUUGGCCGUGCAUGCCUGCGUGAACUCCUCUGAGCUGGAGGAUCUCGUCAAGCAAGUGGUUUCCGCCAUCCGAGCAGGUGUGAACCCUUCAGGAAAUUCGUCCAAUCAAACGAGCCUGUGGGAUCUCAGCUCUUCGUUCUUCUUUGCCGGCACUGUCAUCACCACCAUCGGAUUUGGGAACAUCUCUCCUCACACAGAAGGAGGGCGGAUCUUCUGUAUGAUCUACGCUCUACUGGGGAUUCCUCUGUUUGGAUUCUUAUUGGCCGGUGUGGGCGACCAGUUGGGGACCAUCUUUGGGAAGGGUAUUGCCAAAGUAGAGAAGAUGAUUGUGAAAUGGAAAGUCAGCCAGACAAAGAUACGCGUCAUCUCGACGGUACUCUUCAUCCUGUUUGGGUGCCUCAUCUUUGUGACCCUUCCAGUCAUCAUCUUCAAGAACAUUGAGGGCUGGAGCACGCUGGAGUCCAUCUACUUUGUGGUCAUCACCCUCACUACAAUUGGAUUUGGAGACUUUGUAGCUGGUGAAAAAGGUCACUUGGAGAACAGUGGAUUAGAGAGCCCAGAGUACCUGGACUACUACAAGCCUGUGGUCUUGAUCUGGAUUCUGGUGGGCCUGGCUUACUUUGCUGCUGUGCUCAGUAUGAUUGGAGACUGGUUCCGUGUCAUCUCCAAGAAAACUAAGGAGGAGGUCGGGGAGUUCCGGGCUCACGCGGCUGAGUGGACGGCCAAUGUGUCAGCUGAGUUCAAAGAGACCCGGCGGCGCCUCAGCGUGGAUAUUUAUGACAAGUUUCAGCGGGCCGCUUCCAUCAAGCGCAAGCUGUCAUCUGAGCUGGGCAUUAACGCAACCAUCAGCCAGGAAAUGACCCCAGGCAAGAGGACGCUGUCGGUCAACCUGGGGGAGGAGAGGGAGGCUUACCCCAACUUGGCUCUCUCGCUCACCCCUGUCCCGGGGACCCUGACCAGGAACGGCAGCCUCUACCUGAACGGCCUGAGCCCGGAUUGCGCCGAUCGAAAGGAGAUUGCUAUCAUCGAAAAUCUCAAGUGA